AUUAGCGCUUGACCCCUUUAGCGGCGUUGUAAAUUAAAUGACAUUUUCGUGUCGUCCCAUAUUUAAAAUACUGCGUUAGUUGCGGAUCAGAAAUGAUGAUCUUCAUUCUGCAGCUAAUUUAUUCAUUUAACAAUUUCCCUCCAGAAGUUGCAGCAGAAGGCUGUGGAGCAACCUGAGCAGAAGAAAUCCAAGUCGGCUGAAUUUCUGAUGGCGGAAAAAGGCAGGAUGGAGGGAGCUGUAAAUCCCGCGUUCCAGGAGGACUCGGAGGAAGAGAGUGAGACAAGAGGUGGUGUGCGCAACAGCACACUUGCGGUUCGGGGACAGCACAUGGGGUUGAGGGCCACAGCUACGACAGCAGGUGAAGCUUUACCCUGUCCCACCCUCUGUAAGACAGGCCCGGCCUCACAUUCCAGCGCUGCCUGUCCUAACAGGUAUCCCUGUAUAGCAUAGGUGCAUUUGCAGAUGUUACAGGAGUAG